CAGAGGUUGAUAAUACUUCCGAGUCUCUGUCUUAAGAGAACAUUACCUGGUCCGACAGCACCUCCAGCUCAGCGGCAACUAACUAGUCGGGACAAAGAGGCCCUAAUGCCGCCCCUGAAGCCCGUUCUGCUGGCCCUGGUGGGGCUCUUCGCUCUGGUAAAUGCCAGGGGAAGCCCUCUCGUGACCCCGCCGGUUGGGGACGCUGGCGAUGCUUGCCAGACAUGCCUUCUGGUUGUUCGUAUUGUGGAGGACCUCCUGUGCGACCCGGCGGCCACGGAGUUCCUGGUGGACCUUGUGGAGAAGCAGGUGUGCCCGGCCAUGGGCGACAGCGCUCAGUGCCACAACCUGGCUGAGGGGCUGCUGCCCACGGUCAUUCAGUGGCUGCGCGCCUCCGCCACUCCCGCCUCGCUGUGCGGCGGCGCGGGCGUGUGCGGCGCCGUGCUGGCGCAGGUGCCCGAGCUCAACAAGCCGUCGCUGGUUGUGCGCGACAGCACCCAGUGCUCGCUGUGCAAGUACGUGGUGACGCUGGUGCGCGAGGCCGUCAACAGCACCGCCACACUGGAGAAGAUCGAGCAGGCGGCGCUGCAGGCCUGCAGCGCGCUGCCCGCCGAGCUGGCGUCCACCUGCACCGACUUCGUCAACACCUACGCCCCCAUGAUUGCCCAGCUGAUUGAGAGCAUGGAUGCCGACACCGUGUGCGGCCUGGCGGGCGUGUGCAUGGAGGCCGCCGCCGCCGUGCCGCCGCCGGCGCUGCCCGCCAGCCUGGUUCGCAUCCUGGCAGGCGUCAAGUCUCUGCACCGCCCGCCGCCUCCGCACAUGAUGCUGGUGCUGGCGGCGCUGGGCGUGCCGCCGCCCAAGUCCAUGCCGGGCAUGAUGGGCGGCCCCGGCGGCCCUGAUGGCCACGUGCACGGCCCCGGCGGCCACAUGCACGGCCGCGACAUGCAGCAGAUGGGCCCCGGCAGCGGCCCCAUUAUGCCGUUCGGCGGCCCCCCGCCGCACUUCUGCCUGGCCGGCGCCCUCAACGACGCCUGCGACUACUGCAAGAUGGCUGUGAUCGAGGCGCACAGCCUGGUGAGCAACCCCACGGUGCAGGCCGAGGUGGUCAACUACACACUGGCCGUGUGCGAGCAGUUCCCCUCCUUCACCACCGCGUGCAAGUCCUACGUGGCCAUGUAUGCGCCGCUGGUGUUCACGCUGCUGGAGCAGUACCUGGUGCCCGACACCCUGUGCGCGCAGACCGGCAUGUGCCCCCCUCCGCCCGGCUCCGCCGCCCCCGCGCUGCUGCCCUGGACCAAGCUGGACAAGGCGACCAUGGACAAGUUCACCUCGCUGCAGAAGGCCAGCGCCGCCGCUGCGCUGCAGCCGCCCACCCCGCCGCACUCGUGGGGCUGCUGGUUCCAUGACGUCAUGCGCAACGUCUACAACUUCUUCGCGCGCCUCACCGGCGGCGCCGCUGACCAGCUGCCGCGCGAGCAGCAGCCGCAGAUGGCGUAGGCUGCAUGCCGCGUGCAUGAGCGGUAGCGCGGAUGCGUGCAGCAGGGGCGUUGAGGGCUGGGGGGAGGGGGUUGCAGACCGUGCUGUGUUUUGAGUAGGUGCUGGUGCUUUGAGAACCGGCGGCGUGUGUGUGUGUGUGUGUGUGCUUGUGUUGAGUCGCUUGACCUGGUCUUGAUGGGGGGUUCUUGUUUCACCCACGUCAGACGGAGCCAACUUGCGCUGCGUCUGGCCGCAGCCUUGUCGUGUAUGACGCCUGCAAGGCAUGGUGCUGCACGCCUUGGGUUGCGUGUCCGUGGAAUACGAGGUGCUUUGGCCGCGCUACCGACAGCCUGACGCUAAAAAAUUGUGGAAUAUGUAGUCUUACGCUAUGUGCAAGCCUGCCGUGGGCAUGCGAGCGUCUGUAAUAGUACUUCGUU